AUGUCCGAGCAGCUGCCCCAAGAGAUGGCCCUGACAGCCCAGCCUGCAGCUGUGGACAACACUGAAGCCCUGCCACACCGGGCUGCCUGCCGCAGCUCUCAGCCCCCACCUCCAACACAGGGCACCGAGGAAGGCAAACCACCCCUCCUGCCCUCCCGCCGCAGCUCCAUCCUCAGCACCCUCCCAGCAUCCCUGGCCAGCCGCCGCAGCUCGCUCCGAGCAGCCCCAGGGGGCAGACGCCCCUCCAUUGGCCCUUGGAUGCUCCACAGCCGUGUAAGCUUCUCUGGGCUGCCCCUCUUCCAGCCCGUCCUCGAGACCCGCCUCGAAAACACUUACAGGAUGCAGCCAGAUGAAGGCUGCAAGUUCAACACGGAGCGAGUGAAGAGGGUGCUGGAGCGGGCCCUGGCUGGGGCUUUGGGAACCACAGUCUACAGCCCCCAGGACAGCGCCCAGCUAGCCCAAAGUCUGGUUGAGCUGUUGCAGAGUCAGGCAAAGGAGGUGGUGCCACCCCGCUACAAGCUGGUCUGUCAGGUGCUGCUGGGCCAGCAGAGCCAGCAGAGCCUGCUAGUGGCCAGCCAAGCACUGUGGGACCCCAAAAAUGACAACUUUGCCUCCACCACCUUCUCCAAUGCCUCCCUCUUUGCUGUGGCCACAGUGCAUGGGGUCUACUUUGAAUAA